AUGGCGCCCGGCGGCAGCCGGGGUAGGCCGCGUGUGCCGCUCGUCUAUGUCAACAGCUUCGGCUCCCACCGCUGCGGCUCUGUCAUCCGCUAUGGCAGCAGCUGCUCGGAGACUGAGGCCAGCCGGGAUGGGCCCCUGUUUUCCCAGCUGAGCCCCAGAGGGAAGGCCAGGAGGCAGAGGGCUGCCCGGGUGCCAGGGCACAAGACCAGCCCUGGGCCUGCUGCAGGUGGCAGGAGGCAGACGGUGGGGAGCUGUGGUGUGGUGGAGCCUGUCAGCCGCCAGCACGGUGACCUUCAAGAGGCCAAGGCUGACACCUUCAACUUUCCCGUCCCUUCAAGGAAUGUUGAUAAAGUAAUUAAACGAAAGAAGCAAAAGUCUAAAGUCUGGCCUAAGGUCUGGAAAGUAAUUUCAAAAAUGCUUGCAGAAAAUGAGGAGCUCAGAAGCCGACUCUUGACUUGCAAACAGUUUAAUGGAGAAGGCAAUGAUAUGAGCCAAAUUUCACAGAAUGAGCCAUCAUCCCUGGACAGGGAGGAGUGCAUCUUUGGCUGGGUAUAGCAAGAAAUUAAAGGAAGACGCAAUCCAGAAGGAAAUAUAAAAGUAUUGAAAGUUUUUACUUUGAUCUAGUUCUUACUGAAGUUGGUGGCAAGGCUGUGAGAGAUUUCAGUGCACACAGGUUCCCUGUUUGGUCGGUGCAUGUGCUUUUACUGUUUAAGAGAUUUGUUUUUACAGUGGCUUACACAGUUCUGUUGCAAGAUAUUUAUUUCAAGUCAUUAAGUCGAGUGUUUCACUUAGCUAUUAGUUUUCAAAAGCUUUGUAAUGAGCAUAAUAUUGUGACAGUUUGCUUGCAAAGAAUAGAGAUACAAUUUAGUGUUGACGGUAUUUAUAUCUAGUUUUUGCAGCUUGUCAGAAUCAUAAGCAAACACAAAUUCAG